GACGAGACAGAGGAGGGUUUUUGUUUUAGACUGCAACAGACCACUCCAGCCAAAUCCAACAGAAUGUUGAUCAGGCAGGGGUGCUGGGUAUGCGAGGGGCGAUUCGCGUCGAGUAACUUUCCCCUCCAAAAGUUUUUUUGGUUAAAAUCAUAAGAAGCGGCGUGCGCUGCUAACAUACCUCUUGUAUUCGACACUGCACACAACUUUGUCCCGCCGUGAGAGUUUCGUCAAAACUAUGCUAAUGAAACGUAAGUAAAACUCUAGGUUUGCUUUUGCAGAAUGUUUGCUUUGAUAGAGGUUUAGAGCUGGUUUCCAAAAAAAAAACGUACACGUCAAUGAGGAACACAGUUGUACGAUGCUCAGCUAGAAGCAGGGCCUGUUUAAUGAAGCCGUGGGCUCAACACCUGCGAACCAUACCAAAGAUCAAGAUGUAGAUAUGAACAAAUGAAGGCGAGCGCGAGACAAAACAAACAUGCAACUGAACCAGAAUGAUUUGAAUGCACUAGAAGUAGAACUUUCACUCGGCUUAGCAGGAUGCGGAAGCGUGGCUGAAUGUUUGUGUAUUGUAAUGCUGCUCUGUCUACAGGUCCUGCUUGGCUGGGCUUGUAUUUUCUAUGCGAUUCGGUCGAUCUCGUUUCGAUGCCCAACUAGCAUCAGCUCUCAUUCGGUCUGGAUGAAUGUACAAAACAUCGUUUUUGCAAUGAAAGAUUGAAACUUUUGCGUACAGUAUCGGUUCAACAUUGUGAAUUGAAGCUUCGGUUUCUAGUCGUUCAGCAGCCUGUUGGCUCUUUCGUCUUAACAUAACGUGCAUCAGCAUCUGCAUCGUUCGAAAAGUUGGCAGCCGAGGCAUGCCUUUCACCUGCCUCUGGUCGUACAGGCGCGAUAAAAUUUAGGCGUCAUGAAUGAAAGGAACAUUCACCACACCCAUCAAAUCUAUUUUGGCUCAGACGUGCAGUCGCGCACGUAUUUAAUACACCCUUCCCGAUAUUGUAAAAGUAGUUUUUCCCAGUCCCAGAUUACUUCCCCUUUUUAUCUUCUUCGAUGAUGAAUUUUUCACCGACUUGACAUUGACUUUUCUAUUUUGUAUUUGGGUCAUUUCAUCACUUGUCUAACCACUCCUCCUUGACUUUUUCUGCAUUCGAAGGACGGCAGCAGGAUGGCGGACAAUAUUAAGGUGUGCAUCCGGUGUCGGCCGUUCAACAAGCGCGAGCUGGAGCUGCAGUCGGAGAAAUGCGUGGAGAUGCCGAUAUCGACGCAGAUUUGCGUGUUCGACCCCACUGAGGAGGGGGGCAACCGCAACGAGUUCGCGUACGACCGCUGCUUUUGGUCCACCGACGACACCAGCUUCGAGAAGGCCGACCAGCAGACGCUCCAGGACGAAGUCGGGCAGGAGCUGCUGGAGAACGCGAUCAAGGGGUACAACGACACGCUGUUCGCCUACGGGCAGACGGGCAGCGGGAAGACCUGGUCCGUGAUCGGCGGUUCCGACAUCCACGGCGCCGACGCGGGGCUGCUGCCCCGGUUGAUCACCAACCUGUACGUGAAACUGCGGGAGAGCAGCGAGUGGCAGUUCACGGUCACGGUGUCUUACCUGGAGAUCUACAACGAGCAACUCCGCGACCUCUUCGCCCCCAAGUCGGGCAGCGGCGGGCCGGGAGCCGGGGAUCAAACCCGCGACAGCGGGGCGAACAAGCGCGCAUCGACCAGCAGUGGUGCGAAUUCGCAGAAUCUGGAGAUCAAGGUGCACCCCACGCUGGGGAUUUUCGUGCCGGGGAUGACGGAAGCGGUCUGCAUGUCCGAAGACGAGGUGAUGAAGAUGCUGGAUUUUGGCUUCAACCAGCGCGCCGUGGCCGAGACCAGCAUGAACCCGCGGUCCUCCCGGAGUCACACGAUCUUCACGAUCAGCGUGGUUUUGUACCAGGGGACGCUGGAGAAGCCGACCAAGCAGCUGAACUCGAAGAUCAACAUGGUCGACCUGGCGGGGUCGGAGCGGCAGAAGAAGACCAACGCGGAGGGCGACCACUUGAAGGAGGGCGCGGCCAUCAACCAGAGUCUGUCGAACCUGUCGCUCGUGAUCCACGCCCUGGCGGCCCAGUGCAGUGGGAAGUCGAAGAAGAAGGAGCACGUGCCCUACCGAAAUUCGAAGCUGACGCACUUUCUGCAGCCCGCGCUGAGCGGGAACUCCAAAACGGUCAUGAUCGCGGCCGUGUCGCCCGCCCUGAACAACAUCCAGGAAACGCUGUCCACGCUGCGGUUCGCCAACAGCGCCAAGGAGAUCAAAACCAAGCCGACCACGAACGAACAGAGCAACCAGUCGGUCAUGGACCAGUUGAAGGAUCAAAUCAAGGAACUCCAGAAGCAGCUGGCCGCGGGCGGCGGCACCGCAGGACCCGCUCAGCUCGACCCAAACAUACUCAAAGAAAUCCAAGAGCUCAAGGAACUCAAAGACAAGUUUGGAGGUGAACUACAACUUUACAUUUUUUUGUUGACUACAGAAUGAUUGGAAAGUACUGAAGUACAACACUCUGCAUUCAAAAAUUUUCCGCUGUGUGGUCUAGUCCCUGGGUGAACAAAGUUUUCUGCAUGAAUAGACUCUUCAAGAAGUAGAUUGAUUGAAUCUGUGUGUUUCAAGCAUAGAAAACCACGAAAUAAUUAACAACAGAAUCGUUCGAGGAGAAGCUAGCGCAGGGUGAGAUGACGCGCGCCUUGCACGACGAUCAUAUGGACGCUAUGGGAUUGAUGCCUCCAGUAUCAAAUGUAAAAGUGUCUGGGUCUGGAAGAAUGCAACUUGUGAUGCUGAAUUUGGAUUCCAAAAAAAUCUGUAUUGCAUGAGCAGCAAAGGGAGUGUAAUUUUUGCUACGCGGAGAGGGCAUUUGUCAUGCGGAAAAAGCAUCGCGAAGCCCUCAAAAAAUCUGUGAUGCUAAGGCAUGCAUCACAGACAUCAUGGCCUAUGCAAAACGUGCAUGACAAGUCUCAGAAAUUUCCAGACCCAGACAUUUUUACAUUUGAUAUCCAGAUGACCCGGAUGCGCCAUGCUUGCUGAGUAUCAGUGCCGACGCCGCUCUCUCCGGAAAAAUGUGCUUCUACGUCACCAAGAAGAAGGAGGUAUUUAUUUGUCUUUUCUGCCCUGCGUAAGCGUAAUAUCUGAAGGAGGCUACAGCAAACGGAUAAAAAGUGUCCAUGGACUUAACAACUUUUUCUCGGAAGUUGUAGAGAAGAACUCACGUUUUCGUUUACGAAUUUUUGAGGUCAGAGCUUCUACGCAUCAGAUGACUUUUCUAUACGCACAACUUCUGACAGCUGGUCCUGGGCUCCGGGUCCGACGUUGACGUCCGUCUCGCCGGUCUGGGAAUCACGGAGAAGAUGUGCGGUUUGAGGCACUUGAAUGACGAGGCGCUGCAGAUCAAUCUGUUCCUCGACGCGGAGAAGAAGCUCCCGGAGGUGUACCGAAACGGCAUGCGGCUCGCUCCCACGGACAAGGUGCUGAAUCACAACGACCGGCUUUUCUUCGGGAAGGCGUUCGCGUUUCGGGUGCUGAUUCCCGCCGUCGCGCGCACCGAGGAGAAGCGGGAGGAGGUGCUGGAUAAGGAAUUCGAUGACCUUGUGGGGGAACUGAUGGACACCCAGUCCGAGAACUUCCACCAGACCCGCGAGUUUAUGGAAACCAUCGGCGAGCAUGUGGGGCAGCAGAAUGCCGAGCGGUUCCUGAAGCAGUUCGCGCAGUGCCUGCCCCUCGUCAACGAAGCGAACCAGAUCGCGAAGGAGGUGCGGCCCCAGGAUCGCUUGCUCAUGCGCUUGGAUGUCCUCAUCGAUCCGAUGCAGUUCCGAAACGCCCCACCGGCGCUCUGCGUUCGCCUCUACAAACUGGCGCCACCGGAAGACGGGCCCGUCGACAAUGAGGGUAUACUUGUUCAGCACUUUUCUUUGGAAAAAAUUCAUCUGGUUUUUGUUUUAUCUGGGAUGGUAAUUCGUUUUAUCAUCUUGCAUGGUAAUUCGGAUCAUAAUUCCGAGAUUCAUUCGCAUGACACUCCUCUGGUCGUACCAUUGGCGAUGAAAAGCAGAAACCAUGCUCUGCGUUAAAGUUUUUCGUACUUCGGUUCGAGUUUGAUGUUGCUUUGUGCUACCUGCGUUCAUCCUCCGACAAGAAAUACAAUGGCGACUCCUCGCGGCACAAACUUUUUCGAUGUGCCUAAAAUGCAAAUCACUUCAGAUUUGAAGCGGGAGUACGUGGUUAACACAACGGCGGCCAUUGCGGAGGACCUGGAGGACAUUUUCGUGGACGGCGUGGUGGACGGGCGGGCGGUGGUGGAACUCGCCGUGUUUUCGUGGACCAAUUUCCUCACCCGCUUGCACGGCAUGCGGGAGACCUUCGACGACUGGCACCACGGAAAGUUACACAACUGGGACCUGGAGCCGGAUCCCUGGUCCGAGGUGUCCUACCUGGACCACCACGAGCACCAUGUGGAGAAGUCCUACCACAAGUCGGCCGCGGCCGAGAAGGACGUGCACCUGGACGUGGCCCUGGAGAACCUGCAGAACACAAACAACCUGAGAAACGCCUCCGGGGCGCUCCUUCCAAACGCGGGGUUGAACUCAAAGAUCGGGGAG